GGUCGAAAAACGAAACAAAUAUACAUUACGCAGAGCUCACACAGGACCCAUUGCUGUGGAGAAAUGUCGAUUUCGGCAAUAUUUGGUGCGGCAGUCCCCAACCGUUGUUCUACGGCGGCGUCGUUUGGUGCGAGGAAGGCAGCCCCGAGAUUGGGUGGCGGUGCGGGGGUGAUAGAGUGUUCGUCGCGUCCACAGAAAAAGGGAACGUCUCACCACAUGAAAACUCGGCCGCGUAAAACCCAGCCAUGGGAUAUUAAGCGUCGCCCCACAGUGUAUGCUCCGCUACCUCCUCUGCCGCCCGAGUGGACUGUCGUUUCAUCUGAUGCUGACGCAUCCGAUGCAGCUGUUCCUCCUGGACCUCCUCCAACACCCCAACUUGCAGCUGAGUAGUGCUGGCUUCUAUCCUACGGGUCCAACAUGUAUGUUUUCAAAAUUUCUUUCUGUAGUUUUGUUUGUCAUCCUCUCUGUUUGUUUGUUUGAUUAAUCGUAGGAUAUAUGUUGAACUAAGGAAAUGUCUACAACCUGUUUGAUGAAAUGAUUCUAUAAUGUCUAAAAGAGAUGGUGAACUAAUCACAUGUCUACAA